CGGGAGCGGGACCAUGUUCACCAGCACUGGAUCGAGUGGGCUCUAUAAAGCACCUUUGUCAAAGAGCCUUUUACUAGUACCCAGCGCCCUUUCCAUUUUAUUGGCACUACUCUUUCAACAUUAUCAGAAGUUCUUUGUGUAUAAUCUACAAGCUGUAAAGAAUGACCUGCAGGUCUGGAGAUUGAUUUGUGGAAGAAUAAUUUGCCUCGAUUUGAAGGAUACAUUUUGUAGUAGCUUACUUAUAUAUAACUUUAGGAUAUUUGAAAGAAGAUAUGGCAGCAGGAAAUUUGCAUCCUUCUUACUGGGGUCCUGGAUUUUGUCAGCUUUAUUUGACUUGAUCCUUGUGGAAGCUAUCCAGUAUUCCUUUGGUAUCACAGCCAGUAACUUGCCUUCUGGUUUUCUCGGGCCUGUAUUUGCUCUGUUUGUACCAUUUUACUGCUCCAUUCCAAGAGUUCAAGUGACACAAAUUCUGGGCCAGUUUUCCAUCACAAACAAGACAUUGAUUUAUAUAUUGGGGCUACAGCUUUUAACUUCUGGUACCCACAUUUGGGUUGUAGCCACAAGUGGACUGAUUGCUGGUAUGUGUUAUACCAAUAGCGUGUUAAAAGUUCAUCAGGUUCUUUGCAUACCUCGCUGGAUGGCAAAGUUGUUUUCUUGGACACUUGAACCCAUCUUCUCUUCUUCGGAACCAACCAAUGAAAUCAGAAUUGGAAUGGGAGCAACAGUAGACAUUCAGAGACAGCAAAGAAUGGAAUUGCUUGACCGUCAGCUUAUGUUAUCCCAGUUUGUACAUGUGAGGCGGCAACGACGGCAUCAGGGCAGGAUAAUUAAUUGGAAUCGAUUUUUUCCUACUUUACGUCAGAGACGGAAUGCAAAUGCUCCAGAUAUUCGACAGUCUGAACAAGAAGUAGCAGCACCUCCUCUUGAGGUUUCUGAGGAACAGGUUGCCCGACUCAUGGAGAUGGGAUUUUCUAGGGUGGAUGCUUUGGAGGCCCUGAGAGCUUCAAAUAAUGACCUUAAUGUAGCUACCAACUUCCUACUGCAGCACUGAUUGAGCCUGAUGAACUCAGCUGACAUGGUUUCUUGUGAUCUGAGGCUGAGGCAGUGUCUGUCUCCUGGAUGACAUUGAAAAGCCUUUACCAAAUGAAUCCAAAGCAACACAGCCAUGUCUACAAAAACUAAGUUAUAAUGUUGGGUAGAGGGUAGGUAUGCCCUGCUGCUCCCAUGUCCUUAAGCCCCAAGAUUGUUAUGAUUAUACUAUCAGAAAAUAAUUUUGCCAUUGAAUUAGCUAGCAUGUUAUUUUUGAUCUUUAUUUUGAAAAAUUAGGUCUAUUUCUUAGUUUGGGGAAUCAGCAGUAAAGAAUUUGUUACAGUAUUUGUGUAAAAUGAGGAGAGUGCAAACUUACACAAGUAACUAAAUGAUACUCCAGAAGGGAAAUUGAGACUGUUAUAAGUAAUGCUAUUUUUAUUAUAGUACAUUAUCCCACAUAAUCUUUUGAUUACAAUAAUAAUCUGAAAGAGGGAAAGGAUUAAUGUUAUUUCAAUAAGGGCAUAUCAGAUUAUUCUUUGCGAAAGCUUUUUUUAUUGUAUUAUUUUUUUCUCAAAUUUAUUUUUAAGCCUAAGGAGCUAUUCAGGCCAUGCCUGAUACCACCUGGAUGCCAGAAGUACAAUUUGUAUAUUUAUUAUAAAUUGUAUUCACUAGGGAAUGACUAAUGGAAAGUGGAAGCACUGAGUCAUACACUCCUCAAUGUUACCAAUGCAGGGCAAAUUCCCUAGGCCUUUCUCUUCAUGUCUUCCAGAAAAACCCCCUACUAAUUAAGAAAGCCUUAUAGAGUCUCAGAAACCAUGGGAAAAAAGGGAUUUAGUGUUAACUCUCCCCUGAAAAUCCAAAGUAUAUCCAUAAUGGGGAAGUGAUUCAGAUAGAAAAAGGAUGAAAAUGGAGCUAAAAAAAAAAAAAAAAAAAAAAAAACUCAGGGGCAGCUGGGUAGCUCAGUGGAGUAAGAGUCAGGCCUAGA